UGAAAAUCGCGAGAUACGUAUAUAUGGAAGAUAUAUCUAAAUCAGAAUCGAUUUCUAUGAAAUUUUUAAGUGAUCUCCAGAGUGAUAAGAGAAAGUAGAUAAAAAUUUCAUGGUCUUUCCAAAAUACCUUUCAUUAAGCCCCAUAUCACAAUGGUCGGUAAAAAUGUUCGAUUUGUGGGUAUUUGGGAAUGGGGAGGCCUUUGUUAUUCCUUUUGUAACACAUCGAAAUAUCCAUUACUGACCCCACAAUGUAUACUUUAUUCUAAAUCGUGAUUAAAUUCUCCGACGCUAUAGACAGAUUUGUUACAAAAACUUGCAUUACAACCUACGAUAGCUCUGCUGAAUAUGGUCGAAAUCGGACUAGAUAUGGAUAUAACCGAAAACAUUUCUUGGAUUCAUGAAUGGUUCAUUUUUCAGAGGAUUAAAACGAAAUUUGGUUUAUACAUACAUAUAAAUGUUUGGUGGGUAUCCAAAAUUAGGCCUGGCCGAACUUCAUGUAACAUUCCUAUUAUAUUCCAAUACCUGGUUCUGACCGAUCACGUUUCAGUGUGCUGGCCUUUAUCUUCGCAUUUAAAGAUGGCAUAUAAAUAAUAGUUAGUCUCUAGCCCCUAAUGCAGUGAAAUUAAUUGCAGAUUAUAAUCACCAUCAAAGUGUGCAAUGUAAUUUGGACGAGCACAGAGGGUCUUAGUUUUGUAAAUCCUUUUUUUUAUCGAUAGACUGUAGAUAAUAGAAGAAAUAAAGACGAUAUUUACAAGCACGUUAUAUUCAAUUCAUAUUUGGCAUCAGAGAACUCAACAAUGAUACGAAAAUUAAAACCAAACUGGCUAUGAAUAAAAUUUUGCUCGUUUUGUUGUUAGUUGUAAGCCUGUGCCUAAGUUCCCUUCAGGCUCAGGAUAUUUGUAAAAACCAUCAAAAUGGAGUUCUAUUGCCAUAUCCCAAGGAUUGUGGCAAAUAUGUGGUCUGCCGCGGUAGCAAGCCUCACAUUUUGAGAACCUGUCCAUUGGGUUUGCAUUUCAUUUGUUGGCUAUCGGUUUGUGAUGCCAAAGAACGCGCUGAUUGUAAUUUAAAGCAAGAGAAUCCCAUUGUAUCGGAACAGGUAUUAGAUUCUUCAACUGGUCCCUCGGGAACAGCAUGUACGAUUUCUGGAAAUUGUGCCGGAAAACCCGUAGGCACAUUAAUUAGCAAUGCAGAUUCUAAUGGAUACAUAGUAUGUCAGUGUCAGAAUGAAAUUAAAAUGUCUUGUGCUCCUGGAACUAUAUUUGAUGAAGCACUACAGACUUGCGUUCAUAAUGGUUGGGUUGGAAAUUGUGGGUCUCCAACUCCAACUCUUGCACCACCAACCCCAGCACCUCCAACUCCCGCACCUACAACUCCAACACCACCAACCACAACACCACCGACCCCACCACUACCAAGCCCAGCACCUCCAACUCCACCACCACCAACCCCAGCAACCACACCACCAAGCCCAGCACCUCCAACUCCUGCACCCCCAACUUCUUCACCUUCAACUCCAGCACCUCCAACUCCCGCACCUACAACUCCACCACCACCAACCCCAGCAACCACACCUCCAAGUCCAGCACUUCCAACUCCUGCACCCCCAACUUCUUCACCUCCAACUCCAGCACCUCCAACUCUAGUAUCCCCAACUCCCCCAACACCUCCAACUCCUGCACCUCAAAUCCCAGCAACUCCUUCCACUGGUCCCUCUGGUACUACAUGUACCAAUUCGGAAAAAUGUGUUGGACAACCCGAUGGUACAAUGUUUGCCGAUCCCAACUCCAAUGGAUACAUUGUAUGCCAAUGUCAAUGUGAAAUUAAAAGACCUUGUGCUCCGGGUACUGCGUUUAAUGAAUCUUUGCAGACUUGUGAUCACAUUGGUUGUGCGCCAGCCAUAAAAUCUGAUCACAAUCAUAACAGUUCAUGGGCUUCCAUAUUACUCGAAUUAUUGGCAAUCUUCUAUCAUGGUUUUUGUCAAUUUCUGCAAAACACUUUAUUUAAGGAAGUUAUUGCUGGUACCGGCUAUGAGCUUUCGUUACGAUUUCUGCUAUAG